AACCUACCCCUCUGACUGUGUCUUGGCAUUUUGAUUGGCUUGUUUGAUUCUGCUAGCCAAUAGACGGUGCGAAAGGCGCGCAACUCAAAUCGUCUAACUGAAUUGCUUUAGGAUUAUUUGAAAAUCUGUAAUUGACACAAGGAAAUAAAUAUGGCAUCAAAAGCAUUAGCUUCUGUUUCUUCGAUAGUAAAACGAACUUCAUACAAAAAUAAAAAUCAGAAGUUUAAAGAAGUGAAGAAGGCUACAGAGGCACCUCGGCAAUUAAAACGCAACUUAUCCAACUCAAUUCCAGAGAAAGUUGAUAUCAAGAGAGCAAGACUUGGCUUAGAAGUUAAAGCUGAAGCAAAAACUAUGAAGUCUGUAAAACCACUUCCGUUUGAUAAAGAAAAUCAGAAUCAAGGCACCUGUAACAAAACUAGCACACUAGUGAAGAAAAGUAUGCCUCCUAGACAAAGUAUUGUUUCUACUGGACCUUUGAAAAAUGCAGCAGUUAAGAUUUCUACCACAGCCUCCGCUACAACCAAGUCUUCAGAAUUAUUUAAGGAAAUAGGAACUGCUGGUAUCAAACGUGUCUCAAGUGCUGCUGGGAAUGCAUCUGAUCCUGCUGUAAAAGGAAGAGCAAGACGCUCAACACUCACUCACUCCUUUUUGGUUAAUAAGAACCUCCAACAAAAGCAGCUAGUUGGGAAAGUAAUUUCUGACAGUGUAAAGGUUAAAAAAACAGUAUUGGGUACUUUACAUGGGAAAGUUGUACAGUCAAAAAUCAACUCGUUCAGGAAACCAGUGCCUCCUGGAAUGGAGAAAGCAUCACUAGUAGAUGGCUCAAAAUCUGAGUCUGAUUUGCAAAAACAAAAACGCAGUAGUGCAACUGAUAAAAAUGACUGUAAACCAGGUGCUGAUUUGAGGAAGAAGAGAUGCAGUGUUAUAUUGGCCACAGAAAGGAAAGCAAGUCAACAAACUAAAACUGCCACUACCACUACUGUGGCCAAAAAGUGGGUCCCAGUCAGACCAUCUAUUGGAAAUGUGAAGAAAAUUGAGCCAAGUGGAGUAACAGUUAGACAAUCCAUUAAAAAUGUGUCAGAGUUACAAAAAAAGAGAGAAUCUCUGUUAGGGAAGCCAGCAGCCAAGAACAAGGAUGUCUGUGACUAUAUUGAUGGCAAUCAACAAACAAGCAGAGGAGGUAAAAAGCCAACAGCUCGACAAAGUAUUUUACCUUCUUCAGGUAGGACAGAAAAUAUGCCUAAAGUUGCAAAGCCUGAUACAAAAACGCCUAUUACACGUCCCAGUCAGAUCAAAACAGUUGGAGUGUCAAAGGUGUCUGCAAAUACUAAACACAUUGCCUCUAAGGAAACUGCAGAACAGCAAAGGGCACCAGCAAGUUCCUGGAUGAAUAUAAAAGGCAAAGGAAUGAAAAGACAGUCAACAUUUAUGCCACCACCUGAAACUGCAAAGCCAGUACCAGUGGAAGAGCCUGUAAAGUCAUUUUGGACCACAAUUGUAGAGGAAGAUGAACAAGGUGCCUUUCUUGAUGCAGUAAACCGAACACUUUCCGAGUGCACAAAGUUGAUCGAUGAGGGAUGUCCAAAAGAAGAGGUGCUUGCCAUACUACAGAACUUGGUUAACAAUAUAUCUGCCACAAAGAAGCUUGCCAAGUAUUGGGAAUGCCUAGCCCGGCUUGAAGAGAAAGAAGGGCCCAUUAGCAACGUUAUUGCCAUUUAUGAAGAAGCUAUUGAAGCAGAGGCUCAGCCUACAGAUGUAUUACGGAAUUCACUUGCUGAGAUUCUGAAGAAAGCCUCAACUCCUCUGAAACCUAGUCAUGAUGCUGUAGUAGUUAAAAGGGAAACAGAUCAAGAAGUGAUUUUUGCUAGCACAGUGGCAGAGAAUAAAGGAGAAAAUGCAGAUAAUUUGGAGGAAGAUGGAAUAAAAAUUGAAAAUGAAGAAAACCCAGAGUUGGAACCUCUGACCGCAUCUCAGAAACGCAGAGGACGUCGAAAAAAGUGUAAACUUGAAUGUAAAUUGGAAAGUGUAGAAGAGACGCCAAAUGAGAAUGAGAGUGCAAGUGAUCACACUCCUGCAAAAAGUGACGAUGGCUCUUCAGUAGUGAAGUAUAAUGUGAAGACCACACCUUAUCUGCAGGGUGUGAAGAAAAACAUGCAGUGUGAAGAAAGUAGUUCAGAAAUUAAAGAGCUGAAGUUCUUGACUCCAGUACGGCGCUCACGGCGAAUUGAAUGCAGGUCGGGUCGACUACCUACAAUGCUGAAGGAUCAUGAUCCUGCUGUUUGUACAAUUGAGGAGCUUGCUAGUCUAGAAGGAGAAAUUAAUGCCUAUGUCUGCAGACAAAACACUGCUCUUCAAGAAGUCACAAAUUUCUCAGAUUGUAAAACUGACUAGAUAGAAAAGCUUGAGCACUACAUUGCAAUUUGCUGCUACUCAUCCCUUUGCUUAUAUACAGAGGGUCAGUAUUUACUCAUCUGCAGUGUUCUGUAUUUUUUUUUUAAGUUAGUCUUUGUAAAUACAGUACUUGUAGUAGCUGGUUUUGUCCUUUUCCUUGUGUGUCAUGUAUUUAGGGUGGGUACAGAGGCACCUACUUGCAGAAAAGUAGCAGCUGACAGUAAGUCAGCUUUUUGCUAGAGGACAAAAACACUUUUUGAACUCUUUCUACCUACUCCCGUCUUGUAAUGUAGAAUUGUUAAAGCUUAUCUACAAGGCAGAGGCAUGUUACUGCUUAGGAACUUGUUUUCAAUGUGCAUCUCCAGUCAGGUCACAAGCUUUCAUUUGGGUUUGCUUGUUAACUAAGAAUCUUUCAGCUUGUAGCAUGCAUUAAUAAUGUUGCUUUUUUAAGGGUGGUCUUAUCAUAAAUUUUGUAAUCCAUUUUUAGCUGAUUAAGCUUGAUGCUGCAAAGCAAACCAUAACCUGCAAUUGUAUCUUCAACAAUGAUUGGUUGCCUUCUGUUUUUGUACUUAACAGAAUUAUAAUCACAGGAGCUUACUGGAAGAUUGGUAGGUUGUGGAUGUCUUUCUCCAUUUAAUUUAAUCUGCUACACUUUCUGCUGUAUAUACAUAUUCUUGCUGUUGAGAGCAUCAUUGAAGUAUCCUUAUUUCUUCCACUAUCCCUUCCAAGUCGGUAGCCCAGUUAUUCAUUGCCUAGCCUUCCUUUGAAGGUUUUCAUUCUUGUAUAGAGUAGGAAGCUUUGAACGCAACCUUUCAUUUGGACUCUGAAUAUGAGCAACUAAAUGGUUGAAAAAGGGUAUAUAGUUAGUAUGGGGUAGGAGUUUGGUGGUGAUGCUAAGAGAACAUAUUCUCUUUAGAAACAUGUUAACUUUUAGGCAUCCCAUGUAGUGACUUGAACUUAAAUGUCAACUUAAUUUUCAGAUUGUUCAUUAAAAUUUGCAUUUGAAAAUUCUUGAUCUAGCUUACUUUGUUAAAAACAAAAUUAAUUGUGGCAAGUUAAAAAAAAAAUAGUUGAUUAUGCCAUUAUAUGUUCUGAAUAUGAAGGCAAAUAAAAUUUAAAGAAAGUUACCUUUUUUCAAAAAAAUUAAGAUUUGUGUAUUAAUUGCAUAUGCCUGUCGUUUUAUAAUUCCUUCCAUCAUUAUAACAGAGCAAACUACACCAAAAUCGGAACACCCUAGUGGUACAAUCGCAACUGUCUUGUUUAUUCUGCAACUAUAGAUGUACAGCUUUAUCAAAAAUGUAGAUGUGUUUCUUACCUAACCUAUUUUAUGUUUUCAUUUUAUAUGUUUAGAAUGUAAUGUAAAUAAUUAUAAUUUUAUGUUGCAUUAAAAUGAGAAUAUUAACUUA